AAGGAGGUAGGAAGGAGGAGAAAGGGAUAAGAGGCAAGGAAGUGAUGGUAUAAAUAUGGUGUAUGGAAAGCAGAAGAGCAAAUAAUAGUCUUUGGGGGGUUGACGGUAAGAGGAAUUGAUAUAAUAUUGAGUAACAGAAGAUAGUGUUGGUGAUGAUGUAAUGGUACACAUGUGGUUAUUUGUAUGAAAAUAAAAAAUAAAAAAAACUUAUUUAAAAAGUUCCAUUCUUUCUCUCUUUGAAACUUGCUUAUUAUCAAUCCGGAGAUUAUUCUUGGACCAACCCAAAGCGACCUACAGCCAGAACCGUAUGUUCUGACCCUGACAUUGCAAAGUAACAACUUGUAUUGUGAACUGCAAGUGAAUAAACUUGGUAUUUCUCUUUUUUUUUAAAAAAGCAAACGCUUAAAUAAACCCCAAAGGAUGUUCACACUGACAUACUUGAGUUCAGUAUGACCGAAGCUCAUGAAACAUUUUUGCCUGUGUUUUGUUUACUUUAAGCACUCCAAUUUCCGUUAGGAGGAUAUACCCCCCCACACACUAGUUAUAUUGGAGCUCUUUCUCCCCAUCCCACAUUCAUCAGAUUUCAGAAGGAGCUUCUCUCACCUGGAUAUGGAAGUCUUCAUUCUGCUAGUCCUCAGCGUUGGACUUUGCCAAGCAAAGGAUGCCCAUGACAUAGUGGACAGCAAUAAUCCAGAGGUUCUCGGUGUCGUGGACAGAGCAGUAAAAAUACUUAACGAAGGCAGAAGUCAUGGAAAUAAGUUUGCCCCAGGUAGCAUCCUUCUUGCCUAUGGAUCAACAGGUCCUGAAAAAAAACUCCAUAUCGUGUAUGGAGUAAGAGAAACCGUGUGUCCAGUUGCUGCGAAAAGGCCUUGGCAAAAGUGUGAACUUUUAAGGACCUCAAAUGCACACUCUGGAAACUGCGUGGCUGAUAUUGACAUUAGUGGGUCUCAACAGUUUACCUCCAUUUCACAAAUUUGCCAAUUUAGCCAAGGACAGAAAAUGGUAGCACAAUCCCUUGCUCUAUGCCCCGGUUGUUGGCGCCACAUAAACACUCAUAGUAAUGAAGUGAUUCGUAUUGCGAUGCACACCAUACGGCAAUUUAACAAUCAGAGUCAACAGCCUUCCUUAUUUGGUUGCCCAGUAAUAAAAGACGCUCAAAGUCAGGUGGUUAAUGGAGUGAAUUAUCAUUUGGCAUAUUCCAUAAAAGAAACAAAUUGUUCCAAGAGUGAAUUUGCAGAUCUGAGUCUGGAAUGUAGACCCCUUUCUGGAGGUCAAAAAGGUUUCUGUAAAGCUAAAGCCUACACUGACAACAGAGGCGCACUCGUCUCUGCACAAGUGGAAUGCAAACUGGAAGCUGAAGACAGCCCGAUUGCAGAAGAUAGUCAAGAACCGGAGAGGCCUCUGGAAGCUGUUGUGAAAUUAUUUAACUAUCAAAGCAGCAGUAACUUUUAUUACAAAAUUGUGGAAAUAACAAAAAUAUCAGGAAAGAUGAUAGUUGGACAUGCAUUUCAAAUUGACUUCAAAACUCAGAGAACAAAUUGCUCCAAGGCUGAAGUUAAGAAUCCAGAUGACAACUGUACUCUUGUAAAAGGCGGGGAAAUGAUGACCUGCCAUGCCUUAAUUUAUGUGAAACCCUGGGAGCCAUCAGUCGUACCAGAGGUGACCUGCACAGACGAGCAACCUUUCCAGGCUCCUGAAUUCAAAGAACCCAAAUAUCCAGAGGAUCCCAUGACCAUCUUCGAGGAUUAUGAUAUUGUUGAUGAACACCAGAGUUAUUUAAAAAAGGCACUGAGCUAUUUCUCCUGAAAUGUUCUACUCUUGGAAAUGAUGGCAUUCUUGGGAUUUCUGACUGCGUAAAAGCGUAACACUUAAACACAGCAGUUGGCCUGCAGCAUCUGCCUGCUUAGCUUCUUAAUGUUUUGCAAAAUACAGUAGUUAGCAAACAGUGAAACAAGAACUUUAAUUCAGUCCACUUGAUCGAACAGCAAUAUGCACAACUGCCUUCUGCAAGGCCAGCGUUGCCUGCACUCAACCCUGGAAAAAAUAUAUACCGUAUUUUUCAGAGUAUAAGACGCAACAGAGUAUAAGACGCACCAAAAUUUUAAAGAGGCAAA